AAUUAAAAUUUUCUCGAUCCUCACUUCUUUUCUUUUUUCUUCUUUUUCCCCGUUUCGCAAGGAAUGCUAAUGGCUUCCUCCGCCCUCUCUUUACCACUACACAGAACUCUCUCAGUUCAUUGCGCGCGCAAUGCGCACUCUACUUCCUCAGAGGCGCUGGCUAGCAAUAGCAACCCUCUACUGUCCCGCGCCAACCGGAGGCAGCUGCUGUUCUCGCUGACGUCGGCGACGGUCUUGACGGCCAGGGAACUGUCAUCAAUGGCGGAGGAAAUUCCGUUGUUCGGAUUGAGGAAGAAGCUGAGGAACGCGGAAGAUGAGGCUGUGGAGAUCGUGAAGGAAGGGAUCGAAACGGCAGAAAAGGAGCUCGAAGCGGUGGAGAAGGAGAUCGAAAGUGCAGAGAGAGAGACCGAAACAACAGUGAGGUUUGGAGGGUUAGCUCAGGCAGGGGUAGUGGCGGGAGCAGAGGCGGUUGGCAUUUUGGUGGCCAGUACUGUUGUUCAUGGAAUUUUGAGGCCUGAAGAUCUGAAAUCUUGACGAUUAAUGCUCUGUUUUCUUUGAAAUUUA